CGGCUCACAGCAUGAAGGCUACUGCCAUAGUGGCACUACUUGUCAUGUCACUUGUGUGUGUUUCCGGUAAAGAUACAUUCACCUGCCCUAAGAACUGCAAAUGUAGCAAAGUUCUAGUCGAUUGCAAGCUCAAGAAGUACCAUGCCAAAGAUUUUGCAUCCGUUCCGGAAACUGCCAUAUUGCACAUCGAGAGUAGCUCUCAAGUUUUAUUCCCUGACGACAGCCUCCCCAGGGUUCGACAACUCGAGAUAAACGCCCCUGGGUCAGAAAUAGAGGGAUACGCCUGGAACAAAGCCGCAGACCAACUUGAACUAUUAGAACUGGAGGGUGUGCGUCUUAGGGAUGCGCACACGUCUUUCAAAUUGCUGAGGGCGUUGAGAAAAGUUAAAAUUACCGCUGCUGCACUGAAUGGUUUGAACCUUAAAAAAUUUAAAAUUCAUUUUGACGAGAAAAACCCCUUGGCGAAGUUAGCAAUUAUUGGAUCUGAUUUGUCUAAGUUGACUUCCAUAACAGUGCCAAAUUAUAUUGAAAAAUUGACACUCGACAGUUGCAAUCUGACAGAAAUCCCGACACAAUUAUCCAACUUAAGUAACCUGGAAUAUCUUAGCCUAAAAUAUAAUCACAUUAAAAAAAUGAUAAAUUUACCAAAAAAAUCAACUAUCAUAAAUCUAAACUGGAACCGAAUUUCCAGCAUAAGAAACGUACCAAACGGUACGUUAAAGUUGAGUUUAUCAAAAAACAACAUCACGAGAAUAAAAAACAUACCAGCUUCCGUGAUAAUUUUGGACCUGUCCAAAAACAAUAUCACGAAGAUUAGAAAAACAAGUUUUCAGCCUAACUCAGAGCUAAUGAAGUUUAUACUAACUUCAAACAAGCACCAAAACAUGACAAUAUCGAAAAGGGCAUUUAAAAACACACCAAAGCUUUUGCUCAUUGAUCUCCGCGGGACAGUCUUCGAGGCCCCCCCGGAGGCGUUCACUUCACUUCUGCACUUAACUGAUCUAGUGGUGGACCCAAGGUACAGUGAUCUAUGUCACAGUGUUAACAAAAAGAUUGGCGUAAAUAUUUGUACAUUGGAAGAGUAGGAUGGGAAAUCUUUUUUUAUCACUCGGAAAAGUAAAAUUAGUAACAAUCAUGUUCAUGUAAAAUUAAUUAAAUUUCCUUCCAGAAAUGACAACCGUCAGCACUAAAUUUAACAAAAAUUAAUAAUUGAUUAAAUUAUUUUAUUUUGGAAUUCGUCACAAAUAUUUAUCAAAUUAAAUUUCAAAAUUUUUCAAUAAAUGUCAUUUGUUAUUAUUAAAAACCAAGGAUAACAAAGCUUUAUAACUGAUUUAAAUCUAUUAGGUUUAUAGAUAUUUUAUGGUGCGGGGUUUGACAUUAAAUGUAAUGUCUAAUUAAUUAUUAUUUAUUCAUUAUUUAAUUAACGGUCAACACAUGUUUAUGCCUCAAAAAAUAGUAAAUUAUUGAAUUGAUUGAUUAUUUUGAACUGUAUUAUUUUAUUCGUAGCUUGUAGUAAAGUUUAAAAAAUAAGUUUUAUUUUUAAAAUGUAAACAGGGUUAAUUUGUUUUCAUUAUCGAAAAUACUCGAACAGUUAAAAUGUUAGAACCGACAUGAAAUACUAUAUACACCAAACGUUGUCUUAUGCUUAGCCUUUAAA